GAUGGUGGCGCCCGGUGGUACCAUGAGUGAUUCUGAGAGCUGCAGCAGUAGCAACAGCGAUGCAGAGGAGUUGGAGCGAUGCCGCGAGGCAGCGAUGCCCGCCUGGGGGCUGGAGCAGCGCCCGCAAUGGACAGAAAAACCUGGAACCGAUGCUGCAGGUAAACAGGUGCCAGCAUCCCAGCCAAGCCACAGGCGCGAGGUGAACAAGCAUGACGAAGAUGGCAAUGAGCUUCAGACCACACCUGAGUUCCGAGCCUUUGUGGCCAAGAAGCUGGGAGCCAUGCUGGACAGCUCCAUCGCUGUCUCAGAAGUGUGGAAGAAGCCAUGCAAGGCAGAGGUGCAGCCCGUGGCAGAGGCGGAGGACGGCUUCCGCCUUUUCUUCACAUCUAUCCCCGGAGGCCACAAGAAGGAAGCUUCUCCGAAACCCUGCCGAAAACGCCAGCCCCCCAGCUCCAGCAGUGACGACAGUGACGAGGAGUGGCAGCGGUGCCAGGAGGCAGCUGUGUCUGCUUCGGACAUUCUCCAGGAGUCAGCCAUACACUGUGCUGCUGAGGUGGAGAAGGAGGCGGAGAGAAAGAAAUUGAAAAAGAAAGCCGAGAAGAAGGCUUACAUUGACUUAACCGGAGCCACAGGCCUGAAACAGGAAAAGGAGGCAGGCACCGUCAAUGGGGACCCAGCAUCACUUGGGACCAAAAAGAAGAAAAAGAAGAAAAAGGCCAAGAAAGCCAGGGAGGCUUCCCUGCGCCCCCCAGCAGAGUGUGCAGCAGCUGGGCCUGCAGACUGACUCCAGCCUGAGGCAUCAUAGCCGCCAGCUCUUGAGGCUGAGGCGCCUGUGGAGUCCAGGCAAAGCUAAGCCGCUCUCCAGGUCCAGCACCGCCUCCGCCCACAGUGACUUUAGCUGGGCUUGUGGUUCCAGAACAUUCUAUUACCUCAGGACAGAGGACACUUCCAGUUUUUAAGACUGAGUCUUAGAGCAUCCAUCUCCCCUACCUGCCCAGCCAGGUGUGACACGUGGUCUUUAGAAAUGAGAGGAAGGGUCUCCAGGGUACUGAGGCCCAGGGAAAGUUUGUACCCCUCCCCCAGCCCACACAGACUCAACAGCGUUGCCAGGAAAAGAAGGAAAGAUACCCCCUCCUUUUUUACCCAGAAUUUUCUUACUCCAAAAUUUUUAAUAUGCCAUCCAUAAAAACAUGUCUAAGUCAGGUCAGUUACUGCAUCAGGUGCCAGAGUACUGGGGACCUACUUAAUUUAGGGUGCAGGCUUGGCUGCAAGGCCCCAAGUAAGUUCUGGCCCCAGCACCAAAGAAAAAAAGGGAAAAUAAAUUAUCAGUGACCCAAGAAG